UUUUGUCUGUCUGCUUUUUUUACUCUUCUUCACCCGACCUUGAUAACACCUCUCUAUUCUUCGUUUUUCUCUUGUUCAUCCAUAUACUUUUUCUCACGGAUUUCUUGCUGCACUUUAACGAAUAUUUUAAAAAGAAAUGAAGACUACCACGUUUGCAUACUCUGGAGUUCGUGCUCGCGCCACAUUCGGUUCUACUCCUUUGCGAGGUGCUAAUUACAGUAAUAAAGGCGGCAAGAGUAUUCCUAUUCCGACCAAAAACAAGACUGGGCUGGCGAUUGGCAUGACGGUUGUCCUUGGUGGACUCUUCUUUGCAGGCUUUCUCCCUGGUCAAUGGCAAAGAUACAAAGCACAGCGUGGAUAGGGAU